AUGGACGGUGACCACACAGCAAAGUCCUUUGAGCAGGGCGCCAACUCGGCCCUGAAAGAAAAUGAGAUGAGCACUGGCAUUCAUGAAUCGGUCAAGCAGAUUCCCUCCGCAGGUGAUAAGACCACAGGAACUGGAACCUCGAUGUUCUCCAAGGAUGGGGCGCUAGGAUCUAUGUUCAACGCGGAUGGAGCAAUUGGUGGCACCGCACAGAAAGUUGGUGGCCCGCUUGAUAAGGAAGGAUCCAUCGGCCAGCACUUUAAUGCCGACGGAAAGAUUGGUGGUAUGGUGCAGGAGAAUCUGGCAAACAAGAAGUAG